AUGAAUUCACCUGAACUUUGGAAUCCUCCGGAAGUCCAAUUUUGCUUUGCUUUGGUCAACAAUUCAUGCCCUAGAAAUGUGAGGUCUGUGCUGAGUGUGUGUGCCAUGUAUGUUGUCAUGACUGGUGCUAUAGUGAUGACCAUGUUGGGCAACCUGGUUGUGAUCAUUUCCAUCGCUCACUUCAAGCAGCUCCAGUCCCCAACCAACUUCCUGAUUCUCUCCAUGGCCACGACUGACUUUUUGUUGAGCUGUGUGGUCAUGCCCUUCAGUAUGGUCAGGUCCAUUGACUCUUGCUGGUAUUUUGGAGACCUCUUUUGCAAAGUCCACAGCUGCUGUGACAUCAUGCUCUGCACCACCUCUAUUUUUCACCUCUGCUUCAUCUCAGUGGAUCGCUACUAUGCUGUUUGUGACCCUUUGCAUUAUGUCACCAAAAUUACCAUCCCUGUAAUAGAGGUCUUUCUACUCAUCAGUUGGUCUAUUCCAAUUUUUUUUGCCUUUGGCCUGGUAUUCUCAGAAUUAAACAUAGUUGGUGCAGAAGACUUUGUUGCAGCCAUUGACUGCACAGGUUUGUGUGUAUUGAUAUUUAACAAGCUCUGGGGGGUGUUGGCUUCCUUUAUAGCCUGCUUCCUACCUGGGACUGUAAUGGUGGGGAUUUACAUACACAUUUUCAGCGUAGCCAGGAAGCAUACUAAGCAAAUUGGCAUGGGUCCUACCAGGAAACACGUUGGGUCAGAAAACAAAAUGAAAGUAUCAUCCAAAAGAGAAAGCAAGGCCACCAAGACUUUAAGCAUAGUCAUGGGAGUGUUUGUAUUGUGCUGGCUGCCCUUUUUCAUCUUGACAAUCACAGACCCUUUCAUUAAUUUCACAACUCCUGAAGAUUUGUACAAUGUCUUCCUCUGGCUGGGUUAUUUCAACUCCACUUUCAAUCCCAUCAUAUAUGGCAUGUUUUAUCCCUGGUUUCGCAAGGCAUUGCGGAUGAUUGUCACGGGAACCAUCUUCCACCCUGACUCUUCUACCCUAAGCCUAUAUCCUGCAGAUACUUAG